GCAUUAAUAAACGUCCAAAUAUGCACUCUGAUCUUGGUUGUUUUUGAGACUCGUUUGCAACAAUCUGUUUUACUUCGUAGCACGGGUAUCUGCGUUAAUUUGCACUCUCUGUGCCCUGAAAGUUUAUUUUUCGGUAAAUGGGAGGCUGUAUACAGAUUUUGCGACAGUUGGACCGCUAGUGUUGCAGGAAUAGGUGUCCAGGGUCCCAGGUGAAGGCUCAGCUGCCAGGGUGUGAGGAAGAUGAGGGGUGGUGUGAGCGCGCUCUGUGUGUGGCUCCUCCUGCAGGCCAGCCUUGGCGCCCGGCAGGGACAGGACAUGCGCUGCGGAGCUUGCAGAGCCCUGGUGGAUGAGAUGGAGUGGGCAAUAUCUCAGGUGGAUCCCAAGAAAAUGAUCCAGACAGGAUCGUUCAGGAUCAACCCUGAUGGCAGCCAGUCAGUCACAGAGGUACCCUUCGCCCGAUCGGAGGCCCACCUGCUGGAGCUGAUGGAGACCGUGUGCGAGACGAUGACGGAGUACGGGGAGCGGAUGGACCCCAACACACACCGCAAGAUCUACGAGCGCGUGGUGUCCCGGGACGGCAAGAAAAUGGACCUCUCCCAGACCAGACUGGACUCCCAGGUCACCGCCAGCCUCAAGUUCACUUGCGAGUACAUUGUGGAGCACCACGAGGACGAGCUCAUCGAGUUCUUCGCCCACCAAACGGACAACGUCAAAGACAAGCUGUGCAGCAAACGGACAGAUCUGUGUGACCACGCGCUGCAGAUACCUCAUGAUGAGCUCUGAUCACUGCCACCGUACAGAACUCUUUAUCCGCUGAGGCGGAGAGGGUGCCUGAGAUACCCAACAGCAACCUCCUCCAUCCCUUUCAGAAAACCCUGAGCCCUGGAGCCUCACCAGCCAGAUCUGCCUACUAGCGCAUCCCUCUGUGGAGAUCAGUGUGACGAAUCGGGUGCGGAAAUACCUGCUGUCCUGUAUGUGUCCAUGUGUAACAGAAUCCCUGGACAAUUUUUCCUUGCUUUCUCCCUCCCCCCUUGUCUAUUUUGUUUGGUUCUCGGUGAUUAAUGAGCAAACCAGAUCCCUGGACCAACCCACCAACCCCAGGGCUUAGUCAAGGGCAGAAAGCGAGAUGAUCGCUCAACUGGCUGGAAACGUUGGAUGUUCUCAAACAGCCAGCUCCAACCCAUGACCUGCAGAAAAGAUAACAUCUGGCUAAAAUUUGGAAGGCAAAGAAGGCUUGUUAGUCAAAUUAGUUUUUGUGAGAAGCCUCUUGAGAACAAGUGAGACUAAAGAACAUGUAUGCUAGGCUAAAGGCUAACUCAGUCUUUCUGAAUUCUCCAGGGGCUGACAGGACUCUGCAGUCUCCGUGCUCACUGUGUCUUGACCCAUGGUGCUUUUUCAUGUGCUCACAAGUGCUUCACUCUAAAUGGAUGGUUGCAUUGCCUCAUCCUAGAAGCAGUCUUUACCUCUGUUGGGUAGAUAGUGUGAUAGUGCCCAGCCAUGGAGGUGUUUUUCAGUGUGUCCAUGCUGUGUGGAAAAUGGAGACUGUUAACUCUGGCUCAUGGGCUGGGCCGGUGCUCAGGAGGAAAUGGAAUACCUCUUUGUGUGAGACGAAGACUGGAGACUGUCCUGUCGGCGGGUGCAUUUUCAGGAAUAGUUUUGGCCCCUUGCAUUGCUUUUUUUGUGUUGAUUUUUCCAAGAUAUACCCCUAGACUUCAGCACUCUGCCACAUGUGGGGAUCCAUGGACAGGUUUAAAAAAGUGCUCACAGGCCUCCAGAUGUUUCAGAGCAUUGGACGUAUUUUCUCAUUGAUGGUGGACCAAAGAAAAAAGAUGAGCUUUAAACUGGGAGGUGCACUAAUUAGGGCAUUAGGACUGUCACAUAUCAGUACAGCAAUCAGUACUGUGAGAAGCCUGUAUGAGCACUUCAGUCACACUGAUCGCACUGAUGGGGGGCUGAUUUCUCAAGCUCUUUAUCAAUACUAGCACUACACCAGUUGUAUCAAUGUUGGUAGCAUCUUGAGGAGUUGCUGGCAGUUUCAUAAGAUAUUCAGUUUUGUUUUUUACUGUAUGAUGGAACUUGAGAUUAACUGUUUAAAUUGUCCACUCCAGAAAGCCAAUUCCCAAGAUUUUAAAGGGAUGUACUGUAUCCGGAAGAAACAGAACGUUCUGGAAGGAAAAGGGAUUAUGCCACACUGAUCAACCCCUUUAUGCUGUUUAUUGACCUGUCAUGGCUGUAACGAGCUGAGAGUACCAUUCUCUCUACAACUGUUGACAAACCUACACAAAUCCCUCCCUGUAUUUAAUUUUAAUUUAUUUGUGUUUGUGUAUUCCGUGUUCUCCAUUCACCAUGUGGAUAAAUCGUGUGGCAUCAUUACAUUCUUCCAAUUCUACAUUCCAUCCGAAUGGCUUCUCCCCAAAUGUUUUUUUCUUUCUAUAAAUUUGUAUAAGAUUUUUCUUUGAUCUAAUUUUUUUUUUUAGAAAAUUAUA